CUAGAGGAGCGCGCGGCCGCGAGCGACCGAGGGAGGGAAGGGAGGAAGCGAGGGAAGAGGGCGUGCGGCCGCGGGGUCCCGAAGCCAGGCGGCAGCGGCAGCAGGGCGCCAGGGCCGUCGGGUGGGCUGAGGAGAAGCGUGCACCGGGCGGCCGGCGCUGGCUCCUGCGGGCGGGAGACCGGAGCGGAGGAGGGGGUCGCUGCGGCGCGGCAGUCCGCGCAGCUCCCGGGUCGGGGUCUCCUCCCGGCGCCUCGGUCGCCCGCGGGGCCCCGCUCCCCGCCCCCCGCGGUAUGUCUUGAUCUCGAGCAGCGGGUUUCAUGGGGCUCCUCAGGAUUAUGAUGCCGCCCAAGUUGCAGCUGCUGGCGGUGGUGGCCUUCGCGGUGGCGAUGCUCUUCUUGGAGAACCAGAUCCAGAAGCUGGAGGAGUCCCGGGCGAAGCUAGAAAGGGCAAUUGCAAGACAUGAAGUCCGGGAAAUUGAACAGCGACAUACAAUGGAUGGCCCUCGGCAAGAUGCAGCUUUAGAUGAAGAAGAGGAUAUAGUCAUCAUUUAUAACAGAGUUCCCAAAACUGCAAGCACCUCGUUUACCAAUAUCGCCUACGACUUGUGUGCAAAGAAUAGGUACCAUGUUCUUCACAUCAACACUACCAAAAAUAAUCCAGUAAUGUCACUGCAGGAUCAGGUACGCUUUGUAAAGAAUAUAACCACCUGGAACGAGAUGAAACCAGGGUUUUAUCAUGGACACAUUUCCUAUUUGGAUUUUGCAAAAUUCGGUGUGAAGAAGAAGCCGAUUUAUAUUAAUGUCAUCAGAGACCCUAUCGAGAGGCUAGUCUCCUACUAUUACUUUCUGAGGUUUGGAGAUGAUUACAGACCAGGAUUAAGGAGACGGAAACAAGGAGACAAGAAGACCUUCGAUGAGUGUGUGGCUGAGGGUGGCUCAGACUGUGCUCCGGAGAAGCUCUGGCUUCAGAUCCCAUUCUUCUGUGGCCACAGCUCAGAAUGCUGGAAUGUGGGAAGCAGAUGGGCUAUGGAUCAAGCUAAGUAUAACCUAGUUAAUGAGUACUUCCUGGUGGGAGUGACUGAAGAGCUGGAAGACUUCAUCAUGUUACUGGAGGCAGCCCUGCCCCGCUUUUUCCGGGGUGCCACAGACCUCUAUCGUACAGUAGGAAAGAAAUCCCACCUGAGGAAAACCACAGAGAAGAAACUGCCCACUAAGCAGACCAUCGCGAAGCUGCAGCAGUCCGACAUCUGGAAGAUGGAGAACGAGUUCUAUGAGUUCGCGCUGGAGCAGUUCCAGUUCAUCAGAGCCCACGCCGUCCGGGAGAAGGACGGAGACCUCUACAUCCUGGCCCAGAACUUUUUCUAUGAAAAGAUUUACCCGAAGUCGAACUGAGUGCGCGUGGCCAAAGCAGUGUUGAGCCUGGGCGCGGCUCCGCUGUCACCUCCAGCCUCCUCAGCUUCUUUGCUGACACUAUGUCAGCCGCUCUCACUGGGCUGAGUUAGGGACAGACGGGAAUGUCAAGAAACCAGAUGCUGAGUGGGAGUCAGUGUUCUAAGGAGAGUUUAAGUUUAAGGCAUUGUUAUUUUUGUUAUUUUGUUUUCAUUUUUGUGGUAGUUGUGAUCUCCUCUCAGUGAGGGGGAUCUUACAUCAUCUAAAAUACACACAUGCCGGUUUAGUCAGAAGGCUGAACACCGUUUCAGAAGAGGUUCUUGAUUCCCUUGCUUUUGAUAGUGCAUUUCUUCACCUUCUUUGGAUGAAGAUAAAUCUGUUUGCCACUUCACCUUCUGGAGGUUUGUGUUGCACAGUUCUGCUGGAGCGUGCUAAUAACUGUUUGCCAGGGUCUGAUUUGUUUUUGUGAACUGUGCCUCACAAAAUUUAUUGGAAUGUUUGAUCAUGUUUUCUCAGAACUAUUUCUGCUGUAGUUGGGUUUGCCCGUAUUUAUGUAGGCUUUAUUUCAUUUUAUUUUUUUGAAUGAUAAUUAGUGUUAAAGAAAUCAGCUUAAAACCAUGAAUAAUACUAUAAAAAGACAAAACAGUUAAAGCAGUAUUCCUGAUUCCUGUCCCCAGUAUCGAAUAUUGGGGCGGUAUUUCUAAGAAUGUUGACAACAUUAUCUGAGGCUUUCUUAAUGAUUUCCACAUAUUAAUAUCAAAAAGUUGAGUUUAGUAUUUGUUUCUCCAUGGCUUAUCUGUAACCCAGUACACUGAAGUAUCGGUGAUUCCAUAUGGCGACUCCAUCAGUGAGCUGUGAUCAGUGAGCUGUAAUGUGGGUAGGAUUUUCCUACUUCUGAACUUUUACCUGUAGACUAUUUUUACUAUGGUGCUUUAUAAUGUGUUUUAAAGCAUUGCAUUUACAAAAGAAAAAAGGAAAAUGCUGUAAAUAUUGCAUAUUUUAUGUAUUUGGACCAAAAAGUUACAAGAAAGUAGACAAAAGUGGUUUUGCACCAAUUUUAUUAUGUCGAGUAAAGUCAUCAGACCUCCUA